AUGAUGGGUGGGCAGACAGAGAUGAUAUGUGGUCGGACAGAGAUGAUGGGUGGUCGGACAGAGAUGAUGGGUGGUCAGACAGAGAUGAUAUGUGGUCAGACAGAGAUGAUGGGUGGUCAGACAGAGAUGAUGGGUGGUCAGACAGAGAUGAUGGGUGGUCAGACAGAGAUGAUAUGUGGUCAGACAGAGAUGAUGGGUGGUCAGAGAGAGAUGAUAGGUGGUCAGACAGAGAUGAUGGGUGGUCAGACAGAGAUGAUAGGUGGUCAGACAGAGAUGAUGGGUGGUCAGACAGAGAUGAUAGGUGGUCAGACAGAGAUGAUGGGUGGGCAGACAGAGAUGAUGGGUGGUCAGACAGAGAUGAUAGGUGGUCAGACAGAGAUGAUAGGUGGUCAGACAGAGAUGAUAGGUGGUCGGACAGAGAUGAUAGGUGGUCAGACAGAGAUGAUGGGUGGUCAGACAGAGAUGAUAGGUGGUCAGACAGAGAUGAUAGGUGGUCAGACAGAGAUGAUGGGUGGUCAGGCAGAGAUGAUGGGUGGUCAGACAGAGAUGCUAGGUGGUCAGACAGAGAUGAUGGGUGGUCGGACAGAUAUGAUGGGUGGUCAGGCAGAGAUGAUAUGUGGUCAGACAGAGAUGAUGGGUGGUCAGACAGAGAUGAUAGGUGGUCAGACAGAGAUGAUGGGUGGUCAGGCAGAGAUGAUGGGUGGUCAGACAGAGAUGCUAGGUGGUCAGACAGAGAUGAUGCGUGGUCAGACAGAGAUGAUAGGUGGUCGGACAGAGAUGAUGGUUGGUCGGACAGAGAUGAUGGGUGGUCGGACAGAGAUGAAAGGUGGUCAGACAGAGAUGAUGGGUGGUCGGACAGAGAUGAUAGGUGGUCGGACAGAGAUGGUAGGUGGUCAGACAGAGAUGAUAGGUGGUCGGACAGAGAUGGUAGGUGGUCAAAAUGUGGAAAAAGUCAAGGGGUCUGAAUACUUUCCAAAUGCACUGUACUGUAUGGUGCACUGCAUUUUACCAGAAAAUAGUACUCUAUAUAGGGAAUAGGAUGCAAUUUUGGAUGCACCAUGGCUCUUCUGUGAUGCCCUAUGGGCUCUGGUCAAAAGUAGCGCACUUUAAAUGUAAUAGGGUGCCAUGUUGGAUCCUCAUCUCAGCUACUGACUGGAUCUGGUGAUAGAUAUGUAAUUGAAGUGUGACGAGCUUUUGGCCCCAAUCCCAGCAGUGCUCUUACAUUGAAGUUUUCUCUCUCUCUCUCUCUCUCUCUCUCUCUCUCUCUCUCUCUCUCUCUCUCUCUCUCUCUCUCUCUCUCUCUCUCUCUCUCUCUCUCUCUCUCUCUCUCUCUCUCUCUCUCUCUCUCCUCAGGUGUUCAUCAUUAAUCUUCUCAGGGACAGCAAGUACUAUCACUUCCGUCCCGUCAUGGACACUUACAUCCAGAAGCACUUUGCUGGAGCGCUGGCGUACAAGUGAGUUUCUGUCAGUCGUACAAAAGACAUGACGCUGCUGAGGUUAAGAUGGUUACCCUUGUCACAGCUGAGCCCCAGCUGGUUAUUUGCUGAUCAAGAUCACACCCUUGUUGUAGCUGUUUUUUUCUCUUCAAAGUUAAGUUUAGUUUUUCUCCUCAUCCUUUGAUGUGUAUGUAGUGGUUUAUCAUUGAUCUAAAGAUAAAGUAGAUGUGCCAUUCUCAGAGAGCUUCAACAUAUGGCUAUUAAGAGAGACUUAAGAAAAGUAACAUAAAUAUUUACGUGAAACCCUUAUCAAUACUAAAAGAAGACCCUACCAGUGUCUGACCUAUGUUGUGAUUAAUGGUCAAUCCUGUGUUGUGUGUCCCAUCCAGAGAGUUGAUCCGCUGUCUGAAGUGGUACAUGGACCGUUCUGCAGAGGUGGUGAAACAGGACCACAUCCAGGAGGCCAUGAGGGUAGGAUAACAUGCUCCACUGGAAGUUAUUCCUGUACUUGUGACCAUAGACAUGGGGCGAUGUUUUGAGUUCUUCUAUCUCAAGGCCAUCAGACUGUUAAAUAUCCUUCACUACCACAUUAGAGGCUGCUGCCUACAAAACAUAGAUUAGAAAUCACUGGCCACUUUAAUAAUGUUUACAUAUCUUGCAUUACUCAUCUCAUAUGUAUAUUCUGUAUUCUAUACUAUUCUACUGUAUCUUAGUCUACGCCGCUCUGACAUUGCUCGUCCAUAUAUUUAUUUAUAUAUUCUUAAUUCCGUUUGCUUUACUUAGAUUUGUGUGUACUGGGUAUAUGUUGUGAAAUUGUUAGAUAUUACUUGUUAGAUAUUACUGCACUGUCGGAGCUAGAAGCACAAGCAUUUCGCUACACCCGCAAUAACAUCUGCUAAACACGUGUAUGUGACCAAUUUGAUUUGAUUUGAUUUUCAGUUUGGGGGGUGCUGGAAAUGUCCUUGACCUGUGACCUGACCAAAAAAAACCCUUGGCCCAUGUUUUAUAAAUUACAAGGAUCAAAAAAUUUUUCCUGGUCAGAAAAAAAGCUGAUCAGAAAACAAUCAUUACAUUUGCAAUACCAGUACAGUACAGUUUCAAUUGAAUGUGUUUAGGAGACUACUCAGUGAGUUAGUUGAAUAAAAUAUGAAUAAAGCUUACUCAUUGCUUUAUUUAAAAUAUGCCACAAUGCAAUAAAAGGGGGUCCCUGUAAAUAAUAGAUUGUAUCCACAUUAUUAAAAAAAUUGGAUGACAGUCUGCACCACCAUACUGUUCUUAGAAAGCAUGUCUGGUUACAUCCAUGUCCCAUGGGUCUGUCUGUCUGUCUCUGGGAUGGCCCUCCUCAAUCCUUUAUGUCUGAAAAUUGAUCAAGGUCGACUGAAAAUGAAUAAUGUUUUAUUCAUUUAAAAAGCAUAUUUUAAAGGUACCUAUGUCCUUGUUUCCCCUUCUCUUAAUGUCUGAUAAAAAGCAUUGUAGACUGAAACCCCAGCAGGUUUUUAAUACGUAUCUAUAUCAAAUGAAUCGUUUUCUAGGCCUACAUUAAGAAAGUAAUGUUUUUACACAUUGUUUACAUAACCUUGAUUUACAGUUUUCACAAGUGAAGAAGACUUGGAAAGUGUGGCAAUGUUAGACUAACAUUUCUAUAUCGUUAUCUCCCCCCCCCACCCCAGGCUCUGGAGUAUCUGUUGAAGUUCAUCAUCCAGUCUCGGAUCCUGUACUCCCGUGCUACCUGUGGUAUGGAGGAAGAACAGUUCAGGGCAAGCAUCCAAGAGCUCUUCCAGUCCAUCCGCUUUGUCCUCAGUCUGGACAGCCGAAGCUCUGAGACACUCAUCUUCACACAGGUUAGAAAUCCACACACAUACGCACACGCACACAUGCACACACACGCACACACGCACACACGCACACACGCACACACACGCACACACACACACACACACACACACACGCACACAUGCACACACGCACACAGUGCUUUGUGUUGAGUCUGGACAGCCACAACUCAGAGACACUCAUCUUCACAUAGGUUAGAGUCCUCCCUACAUAAACUACACCCAAGCAUAAACAUAGAGUAGCCUAGCCUAAUAAUAGCCUAGCUUAGCAGUAGCCUAGCCUAAUAGUAGCCUAGCUUAGCAGUAGCCUAGCCUAAUAGUAGCCUAGCCUAAUAGUAGCCUAGCUUAGCAGUAGCCUAGCCUAAUAGUAGCCUAGCUUAGCAGUAGCCUAGCUUAGCAGUAGCCUAGCCUAAUAGUAAACUAGCCUAGCAGUAGCCUAUUUAUAUUUUUUGAUUUUACCAGGCAAGUCAGUUAAGAACAAAUUCUUAUUUACAAUGACGACCUACACCAGCCAAACCCAGACGACACAGGGUCAAUUGUGCGCCGCCCUAUCGGCCGGUUGUGAUACAGCCUGGAAUCAAACCAGGGGGUCUGUAGUGACGCCUCAAGCACUGAGAUGCAGUGCCUUAGACCGCUGCGCCACUCGGGAGCCUAGCGGGGAGUCAAUGUUGAUUAGACUCUCACCAUUGUGCAGUUUUCAGGACUGAUCUUCUAUCCGGACAUCAAGAUAUCUUAGACACUGUAUGUGUGUAACUCUGUCUUUAAUCUCUUUUAAAGGCUGUGUAGAGGAUGACUGACUUUUUAGUCACCUACUUCCAGACUUCAACCAAUUCACCAUUGAUUCAUUCUUCCCACCAGGGAGUGAAGAGACUAGCGAUGAGGACGUGAUGUUGUUGGCAUACUCCUCAUCUAUCCCAUCAACACAUCAAUUACAUUGCUUUACUCUCUUUUCAGCUCUGCAGCUGCCAAAUGUUGAUUUUCAAAUCUAGCUACGGUAGUUAGUAUCUCUUUGCUAUUUCAGUCGCUUUACAAUCUAUAGUUUGUAAUGUUAUCGUUUUGCUUAGUUUAAUUUACGUUCCUUAGUUUAAUUAACCUGUGCCACUAUAUUUUCUUUAUUUAAGUUCCUUGGUUUAAUUAACCUGUGCCACUAUAUUUUCUUUAUUUAAGUUCCUUAGUUUAAUUAACCUGUGCCACUAUAUUGUCUUCAUUUGCCCCUCUUUGCCCCCUGCCUUUGCCAACUUUUGCAACUUCCUUAUGUACAUGUUACCUCCUCCUUAUGUCCCCCUCCUCCGGGACCCUCCCUGUCCCCUGACUGUCCUGUCCCCCCCUGGUCAGACCCCUCAGGUCCCCCAGCCUGCCUCUGGACAGGGACAGCCCCCCGGCCCCAUCAGCUGUACUCAGGCCUGGAGCUCCAAUGCUCCUCGCCCCUCUCCUGUCUCAGUAAGUAGCUAUGUCCCUUCCAGUAUUGGCCGUCCUCUGACAAAUGUGUCCUCUGAUCAAUUCCGCCAGUUCACUCUGCCAUGAAGCCUUUCACAUACCACCAACCAAUCCCUUUUACAAACAGCGGGAAAUCCACCUACCACCUCUCAAAUCACCAACCAACCAACCCCUUUUACAAAUGAUUUCUCAAUCAAUCCACCUAUCUCCUCCUAAAUUAACAAUCAACCCAUUUUACAAACAGCAAGAAACUCAACCUCCCAACUAAUCUACCUACCUCCUCCCCAAAUCACCACCCCUUCUGCAAACUACAAGAAAUAAACAACCUACCUCUCGACCGACCCUCAACCAAGUCACCGACCAACCCACAGCUGAAAUGAAGCCGUACUAAUUUAUUUGGUUUGCUUCCUUUGUGUGUUUUUGUGUUUGGUUUGUUAUUAACCUUUCCAAACUCCAACUGUUUCAUCAUCACGUCUGUUCUCCAACCAUUCACCUACCUACACCUCAAUCACCUCAAUCACCUCAAUCACCUCAAUCACCUGAAUCUGUGUUGUGUGGUGACUCUGUGUAAUAACUCUGUGUGAUGACUCUGUGUGAUGACUCUGUGUGAUGACUCUGUGUGAUGACUCUGUGUGAUGACCUUGUGUGAUGACUCUGUGUGAUGACUCUGUGUGAUGACUGCCAUGCUUGUAGAUAGAGCCACACUACUUUCCCAGGACUGUCAGGUCAUCGGUGAUCCAUGAUACCCAGGAGCUAAAGUAUCAAUAAUACCAUCUAUGAAUGGGGAAUCUCUAAUCAUUUCUGAUAGGAUAUCCCUCAAUUUCAAACUCGUAGUCCAUUGCUCCUAGGUACAUGGUACAUAUGUCGGAUCUUAACUUGAUUACUCUUAUGUUGUGCAGAACUUUCCUGAUGCAUCAGGAAAUUGAAAUUAGCUUUGUGAGAGGCUAAAAAAUGAGCAGUUCUCUUUCUCUCCAUGCGGGGGCAGUGGAGUCAUCGGGAUCAGGGCUCGCUAUCUAAAAUAAUGCUAUAGGCCUAGGUCCUAUUAUUGCAGUCUGAAGUGUAGCCAUACACGUCAACAACCCUAGUUGGACACAGUUUAAUAACACUAGGCUGCGACAUACAAGUGUCUAGUGUGUCCUAAGGUUACAAAUGAACUGUCAAAAUUGAGUUUAGUCGUGGCUUAGGGUUAGAACCACUGCCUUCAACAUAGAGUUAUUUUACCCCGAUCUUAAUAAGAAAUGACCAUACCAGACGAUCUUGAUAAGAAAUGACCAUACCAGACGAUCUUGAUAAGAAAUGACCAUACCAGACGAUCUUCCUAGUAGGCUACACACAAGACUGUAACUACCAAUUGGAUAUCAUGAAAAAAAUAAAAUACAAAAUAUACUAAUAAUAAUAAUAACUAUUUCCUAACCCUAACCAUUUUCCUAACCCUAACCAUUUUCCUUAACCUACAAAAAUAUCCUCAGGAGUGAAGAAGUACACUUUUUUAUUGUAUUAUAAUAUAUAUAUAUAUAUAUAUAUAUAUAUAUAUAUAUAUAUAUAUAUAUAUAUAUAUAUAUAUAUAUAUAUAUAUAUAUAUCUAUAUAUAUAUAUAUAUACAUAUAUAUAUAUAUACAGUGGGGGAAAAAAGUAUUUAGUCAGCCACCAAUUGUGCAAGUUCUCCCACUUAAAAAGAUGAGAGAGGCCUGUAAUUUUCAUCAUAGGUACACGUCAAAUAUGACAGACAAAUUGAGGAAAAAAAAUCCAGAAAAUCACAUUGUAGGAUUUUUUAUGAAUUUAUUUGCAAAUUAUGGUGGAAAAUAAGUAUUUGGUCACCUACAAACAAGCAAGAUUUCUGGCUCUCACAGACCUGUAACUUCUUCUUUAAGAGGCUCCUCUGUCCUCCACUCGUUACCUGUAUUAAUGGCACCUGUUUGAACUUGUUAUCAGUAUAAAAGACACCUGUCCACAACCUCAAACAGUCACACUCCAAACUCCACUAUGGCCAAGACCAAAGAGCUGUCAAAGGACACCAGAAACAAAAUUGUAGACCUGCACCAGGCUGGGAAGACUGAAUCUGCAAUAAGUAAGCAGCUUGGUUUGAAGAAAUCAAUUGUGGGAGCAAUUAUUAGGAAAUGGAAGACAUACAAGACCACUGAUAAUCUCCCUCGAUCUGGGGCUCCACGCAAGAUCUCACCCCGUGGGGUCAAAAUGAUCACAAGAACGGUGAGCAAAAAUCCCAGAACCACACAGGGGGACCUAGUGAAUGACCUGCAGAGAGCUGGGACCAAAGUAACAAAGCCUACCAUCAGUAACACACUACGCCGCCAGGGACUCAAAUCCUGCAGUGCCAGACGUGUCCCCCUGCUUAAGCCAGUACAUGUUCAGACCCGUCUGAAGUUUGCUAGAGUGCAUUUGGAUGAUCAAGAAGAGGAUUGGGAGAAUGUCAUAUGGUCAGAUGAAACCAAAAUAGAACUUUUUGGUAAAAACUCAACUCGUCGUGUUUGGAGGACAAAGAAUGCUGAGUUGCAUCCAAAGAACACCAUACCUACUGUGAAGCAUGGGGGUGGAAACUGAUCCGUGUAAAGGAAAUAAUGAAUGGGGCCAUGUAUCGUGAGAUUUUGAGUGAAAACCUCCUUCCAUCAGCAAGGGCAUUGAAGAUGAAACGUGGCUGGGUCUUUCAGCAUGACAAUGAUCCCAAACACACCGCCCGGGCAACGAAGGAGUGGCUUCGUAAGAAGCAUUUCAAGGUCCUGGAGUGGCCUAGCCAGUCUCCAGAUCUCAACCCCAUAGAAAAUCUUUGGAGGGAGUUGAAAGUCCGUGUUGCCCAGCGACAGCCCCAAAACAUCACUGCUCUAGAGGAGAUCUGCAUGGAGGAAUGGGCCAAAAUACCAGCAACAGUGUGUGAAAACCUUGUGAAGACUUACAGAAAACGUUUGACCUGUGUCAUUGCCAACAAAGGGUAUAUAACAAAGUAUUGAGAAACUUUUGUUAUUUACCAAAUACUUAUUUUCCACCAUAAUUUGCAAAUAAAUUCAUUAAAAAUCCUACAAUGUGAUUUUCUGGAUUUUUUUUCUCUCAUUUUGUCUGUCAUAGUUGACGUGUACCUAUGAUGAAAAUUACAGGCCUCUCUCAUCUUUUUAAGUGGGAGAACUUGCACAAUUGGUGGCUGACUAAAUACUUUUUUCCCCACUGUAUACAGGGGGGUACCGGUGCAGAGUCAAUGUGCGGGGGCACCGGCUAGUUGAGGUAGUUGAAGUAAUAUGUACAUGUGGGUAGAGUUAAAGUGACUAUGCAUAAAUAAUUAACAGAGUAGCAGCAGCGUAAAAAUAUGGGGUGGGGGGGCAGUGCAAAUAGUCCGGGUAGCCAUGAUUAGCUGUUCAGGAGUCUUAUGGCUUGGGGGUAGAAGCUGUUGAGAAGUCUUUUGGACCUAGACUUGGCACUCCGGUACCGCUUGCCGUGCGGAAGCAGAGAGAACAGUCUAUGACUAGGGUGGCUGGAGUCUUUGACAAUUUUGAGGGCCUUCCUCUGCCACCGCCUGGUAUAGAGGUCCUGGAUGGCAGGAAGCUUGGCCCCAGUGAUGUACUGGGCCGUACGCACUACCCUCUGUAGUGCCUUGCGGUCGGAGGCCAAGCAGUUGCCAUACCAGGGGGUGAUGCAACCAGUCAGGAUGCUCUCGAUGGUGCAAAUGUAUAAUUUUUUGAGGAUCUGAGGACCCAUGCCGAAUCUUUUCAGUCUCCUGAGGGGGAAUAGGCUUUGUCGUGCCCUCUUCACGACUGUCUUGGUGUGUUUGGACCAUGAUAGUUCGUUGGUGAUGUUUACACCAAGGAACUUGAAGCUCUCAACCUGUUCCACUACAGCCCCGUCGAUGAGAAUGGGGGCGUGCUCAGUCCUCUUUUUUUUCCUGUAGUCCACAAUCAUCUCCUUUGUCUUGGUCACGUUGAGGGAGAGGUUGUUAUCCUGGCACCACACGGCCAGGUCUCUGACCUCCUCCCUAUAGGCUGUCUCAUCGUUGUCGGUGAUCAGGCCUACCACUGUUGUGUCGUCGGCAAACUUAAUGAUGGUGUUGGAGUUGUGCCUGGCCAUGCAGUCAUGGGUGAACAGGGAGUACAGGAAGGGAUUGAGCACGCACCCCUGAGGGGCCCCCGUGUUGAGGAUCAGUGUGGCAGAUGUGUUGCUACCUACCCUUACCACCUGGGGGCGGCCCGUCAGGAAGUACAGGAUCCAGUUGCAGAGGAAGGUGUUUAGUCCCAGGAUCCUUAGCUUAGUGAUGAGCUUUGAGGGCACUAUGGUGUUGAAUGCUGAGCUGUAGUCAAUGUUCCUCUUGUCCAGGUGGGAAAGGGCAGUAUGGAGUGCAAUAGAGAUUGCAUCAUCUGUGGAUCUGUUGGAGCGGUAUGCAAAUUGGAGUGGGUCUAGGAUUUCUGGGAUAAUGGUGUUGAUGUGAGCCAUGACCAGCCUUUCAAAGCACUUCAUGGCUACAGACGUCAAUGCUACGGGUCGGUAGUCAUUUAGGCAGGUUAUCUUAGUGUCCUUGGGCACGGGGACUAUGGUGGUCUGCUUGAAACAUGUUGGUAUUACAGACUCAGUCAGGGACAUGUUGAAAAUGUCAGUGAAGACACUUGCCAGUUGGUCAGCACAUGCUCGGAGUACACAUCCUGGUAAUCCGUCUGGCCCUGCGGCCUUGUGAAUGUUGACCUGCUUAAAAGUCUUACUCACAUCGGCUACGGAGAGCGUGAUCACAUAGUAAUCCGGAACAGCUGGUGCUCUCAUGCAUGCUUCAGUGUUGCUUGCCUCGAAGCAAGCAUAGAAGUGGUUUAGCUCGUCUGGUAGGCUUGUGUCACUGGGAAGCUCGCGGCUGUGCUUCCCUUUUGUAGUCUGUAAUAGUUUUCAAGCCCUGCCACAUCCGACAAGCGUCAGAGCCGGUGUAGUACGAUUCAAUCUUAGUCCUGUAUUGACUCUUUGCCUGUUUGAUGGUUCGUCGGAGGGCAUAGCGGGAUUUCUUAUAAGCGUCCAGGUUAGAGUCCCGCUCCUUGAAAGCAGCAGCUCUACCCUUUAGCUCAUUGCGGAUGUUUCCUGUAAUCCAUGGCUUCUGGUUGGGGUAUGUACGUACGGUCACUGUGGGGACGACAUCAUCGAUGCACUUAUUGAUGAAGCCAGUAACUGAUGUGGUGUACUCCUAGCUGUAUGUUAUCCAUGUCGUCAUUCAGCCACGACUCGGUGAAACAUAAGAUAUUACAGUUUUGAAUGUCCCGUUGGUAGGAUAACCGUAAUCUUAGGUCAUCCAAUUUAUUUUCCAAUGAUUGAAGAUUGGCUAAUAGGAUUGAUGGGAGCGGCAGUUUACUCGCUCGCCGUCGGAUCCUUACAAGGCACCCCGACCUAUGUCCACGAUAUCUCAGUCUCUUCCUCAUGCGAAUGACGGGGAUUUGGGCCUUGUCGGGUUUCUGUAGGAUAUCCUUCAGAUAAAUAUUACAUGACAUUAUUUCAUAACACUUUACCCAAUACAUUUAGUGUGUUCCCUCAGGCCACUACUCCACUAUCACAUAUUUACAAUACAACAUCCAUGUGUACGUGUGUGUAGAGUGAGUGUCUAUAUGUAUGUGUGUAUGUGCCUGUGUGUGUGUGUCUCUUCACAGUCCCCGCUGUUCCACAAGGUGUAUUUUUACCAGUUUUUUAAAAUCUGAUUCUACUGCUUGCAUCAGUUACCUGAUGUGGAAUAGAGUUCCAUGUAGUCAUGGCUCUAUGUAUUACUGUGCGCCUCUCAUAGUCCGUUCUGGACUUGGGGACUGUGAAGAGACCUCUGGUGGCAUGUCUUGUGGGGUAUGCAUGGGUGUCCGAGCUGUGUGCCAGUGUUCCAAACAGACAGCUCGGUACAUUCAGCUCGUUGACACCUCUCACAAAAACAAGCAGUGAUGAAGUCAAUCUCUCUUCCACUCUGAGCCAGGAGAGACUGACAUUCAUGUCAUUAAUGUUAGCUCUCCGUGUACUUUUAAGGGCCAGCCGUGCUGCCUUGUUCUGAGCCAACUGCAAUUUUCCCAAGUCCCUCUUUAUGGCACCUGACCACACUACUGAACAGUAGUCUAGGUGCGACAAAACUAGGGCCUGUAGGACCUGCCUUGUUGAUAGUGUUGUUAAGAAGGCAGAGCAGCACUUAAUUAUGGACAUACUUCUCCCCAUCUUAGCUGCUGUUGUAUCAAUAUGCUUUGACCAUGACAGUCUACAAUCCAGGGUUACUCCAAGCAGUUUAGUCACCUCAACUUGCUCAAUUUCCACAUUAUUCAUUACGAGAUGUAGUUGAUGUUUAGGGUUGUCCAGCGAUUGGACAUUAGCCAUCAGGAUACUUGGAAGAGGAGGCUGUGUAGCCCGUCUUUUCAGCCUAGCCUGGAGUCUCCCUUUCCUUACUCUUCUUGCCUUAGGUCAUCUUGGCCUGGAGCAACAGGGAACAAAUGAGCUAAUAUAGUAUUCUUGAUCUGAGAGAUUUUUUUAAUUUUUUAAAUUUUAUUUCCCCUUUAUUUAACCGGGUAAGAAGCCAGUUGAGAACAAGUUCUCAUUUACAACUGCGACCUGGCCAAGAUAAAGCAAAGCAGUGCGAUAAAAACAACAACACAGAGUUACAUAUGGGGUAAAAAAAAACAUAAAGUCAAAAAUACAACAGAAAAUAUAUAUACAGUGUGUGCAAAUGUAGCAAGUUAUGGAGGUAAGGCAAUAAAUAGGCUAUAGUGCAAAAUAAUUACAAUUAGUAUUAACACUGGAAUGAUAGAUGUGCAAGAGAUUAUGUGCAAAUAGAGAUACUGGGGUGCAAAAGAGCAAAAUAAAUAACAAUAUAGGGAUGAGGUAGUUGGGUGGGCUAAUUUCAGAUGGGCUGUGUACAGGUGCAGUGAUCGGUAAGGUGCUCUGACAACUGAUGCUUAAAGUUAGUAGAUAAGUGUGUAGCUUCUCAUUCAUGAUCCAGAAGAAAGUAAAAAUAGCCAUAAAAAAGCAAACUCGAGCAGGAACCGGCAAGACGUUCGCCCUCCUCAGCGCCGCCAUCUUAUCAAUUCCAGCUGCCCACUGUCGGCAAUUCUAAAUAUUAAAUAUCCAUUAAAAUCCUGCUGGUGCAGGAUUAUUUUCCUCCUUCGACUAAAUGGGUCAUAUUAAGAUCCGACAUCUGUACUUCCUUCAUAGGCCUGACAGUCAAAUCACCCACACCACACUUCUGAGCCGUCAGUCCAGUGUGGAGUAUGGAGCUGGUCACUCUCUCCCCUCCCCAUCUCUCCUCCCCUCUCUCACCCUCCCUCCAUCUCUCCCCCACCCCCAGGCAGCACUGCUGAACUCGUUCCCGGCCAUCUUUGACGAGCUGCUUCAGAUGUUUACAGUUCAGGAGGUGGCAGAGUUUGUGCGGGGCACACUGGGCAGCAUGCCCAGCACUGUACACAGGGCGUCAGGACGGGCAAAAAAGUCCAUCCUCGACCGUCGCAGCCCCUCUUUCCCUUUCCCCUAUUAA